AUGAAGAUUAAUACUAAAUCUUUCAAUCUUGUUCCUACAUUGGUCUUUUUAGCUUUGUUUCAUCUUUCUUUGGUUUCGUGCAAUAAAUCCAUAGGCAGCCAUAGUGCAAAUGGUUUCACUCUUGAUCUCAUCCAUCGUGAUUCUCCUCUUUCACCGUUGUACAAUCCGUCAAACGCUCCAUAUGACCGUCUCCAAAACGCCUUCCAACGGUCAUUUUCUCGAGCUUCUUUCUUCAAGAAAAACUCCAUUAAUACAAUCCAAUCGACUAUUGUCCCAAUCCCAAGUGAAUACCUUAUGAAAAUCUCUAUCGGAACUCCAGCAAUAGAUACCCUUGCCAUUGCUGACACUGGUAGUGACUUAACAUGGAUACAAUGUGAGCCUUGUGUUGAAUGUUUCAAGCAAAUGGCACCUAUUUUUAAUCCCAAAAAUAGCUCUUCUUACAAAACAAUUGGUUGCAAAGAAAAAAUAUGUCAAGAAGUAGGAUCUUCUGCAUGUAAAAAUAGCAUAUGUGGUUAUGAAGUGACUUAUGGUGACCAUUCUGAAACUAGUGGUGAUCUUUCUAGUGAAACUUUCACAUUUGCUUCUAAUUCUAGUCAAAAUGUCUCAAUUCCUAAUAUCAUCUUUGGUUGUGGACAUGACAAUGGUGGCACAUUCCCAAACACCACUUCUGGCAUUAUUGGCUUAGGUGGUGGCACUGUCUCAAUUGUCAACCAAAUGAAUCAAGAAAUCAAAGGGAAAUUCUCUUACUGUUUAAUUCCAUUGGAAUCAUCAUCAACUAAUUCCAAUGCAACUAGUCACAUCAACUUUGGCGACAGUGCUAUUGUAACUGGUCCUGGCGUCGUUUCAACUCCCUUGAUAAAAAGCGAAGAGACAGAAACAUUCUACUUUCUAACUUUAGAAGGUAUCACCGUUGGGAAUAAGACUUUGCCAUUCAAAUAUUCUUCUAAACUCAGUUCCAACGAUCAAGGUAACAUUAUAAUUGAUUCAGGUACGACACUUACGCUUCUCCCUUUCGAGUUUUACUCUGAUUUGGAAAAACAAUUGGUGGCUUCGAUAAAUGCUACUAGGAAGGACGAUCCAUCAGGACUUUUUAAGGUAUGUUACGAGUCUAAGAAUGGCACUAUCGAUGCUCCCAAACUUGUCGCACAUUUUACGAAUGCAGAUGUAGAGUUGUCGCCAAUAAACACAUUUACACAAGUGGCUGAAGGUUUGGUUUGUUUUACAAUAUUGCCAGAGGUGGAUAUUGCUAUUUUUGGGAACUUGGCACAGAGGAAUUUCUUAAUUGGAUAUGAUCUUGUGGCUAAAAAAGUUUCCUUUUUGCCUACUGAUUGUACUAAGCAUUAA